UUAUCUAUGUCGGGAGGGUGAGUGAACUGCCUCAUUGUUAUUUAUUACAUUUGACUAUUAUUACAAUAAUUAGUCAUUUUAGGAGUUCUGUGCGUACAAUACUAAAACAUAACGAGUGGUGAGUGUGAUGCCGAUGUGAGUAGCACAACAGGUGUGGCGGAGCGCUCCGGGGCGACGUUUCUAGUUACGGUGACGUUCCUCGUUACGAAAAAUAUUUUGCCUAUCGAGUCGCCUCAAUCCCAGGAUGACCGAGUACAAGCUAGUCGUCGUGGGGGCAGGCGGCGUAGGCAAAUCGGCUCUGACCAUACAACUCAUUCAAAACCAUUUCGUGGACGAGUACGACCCGACGAUAGAGGACUCGUAUAGGAAGCAAGUGGUGAUAGACGGGGAGACGUGCCUGCUGGACAUCCUGGACACGGCGGGGCAGGAGGAGUAUUCGGCGAUGCGCGACCAGUACAUGCGCACGGGCGAGGGCUUCCUGCUCGUGUUCGCCGUCAACAGCGCCAAGAGCUUCGAGGACAUCGGCUCCUACCGCGAGCAGAUCAAGCGGGUCAAAGACGCGGAGGAGGUGCCCAUGGUGCUAGUGGGCAACAAGUGCGACCUGCAGGCCUGGGCCGUCGACAUGACGCAGGCGCGCGAGGUGGCACGAAGCUACGGAGUGCCGUUCGUGGAGACCUCAGCCAAGACCCGCAUGGGAGUGGAUGACGCCUUUUAUACCCUCGUGCGAGAAAUCCGUAAGGACAAGGAGAGUCGCGGAAAAAAGUACAGGAAAGGUAACAAGAUAGGCUCACAUCGCUCUUUCAAGUGUACACUUCUCUAAAUAUGAUUUUUAACUAUUGUAUUGUAUUAUCUCUUAACGACUAUAUGUGGGAGUGUUUUAUUUGUGGCUCCCAUCUCUAUGACAAUUGUUGUAGUACCAGCUCAUGGGGAGAUUUUUGCUGUACUAAACUCAAAGUAUAGCCUGUAGGCUGUAGCUGUACUAAUUCCCGGGAAAGCCUGCUCCGUAUCAGUGUGUAUGAGGUUUUCAACAAAUAAAGAGUAGUUUUUGACACAACAUUUCUCUCUGCGUGUGAUAUAAGUGCCAUUGUAGAAGUAAAAUAUGAAAAUUAUGAUCUGUUUGUGUAACUCAACACUCAACAGUACCUGCUGUCUGAACAAAAGUUUAAAAACAUUUUUAGAACCUUUUUAGGGUUCUUUAAGAUGCAUACUUACAAUCUUAUAGAUCUACUUACCUUUGUUGUAAGUACUUGUGGUACUGUAGUCUGAAGCUAUAAUAAAUUAUAAUAUAAUAUGGUUACCAUGACCGCCUGCGAUGCAUGUCCUCGUUGUGCUGUGGGACUCCUAACUUUAUUAAAACUACUCUUUAUUUUAAAUUAUUUGACAAGAUUUCAUAUCUAUAUAUUUAAAAAUAUAUUUUGUAUUAUGAAUUAGAUAAGUAUUAAAUAAUAAUUCUAGAAGCGGUUCGAUUGAAAUGAUUUUACGUUGUAUUGCUGAAGUCCAUGCAUGUAUAUAGACUUGUGAGCUUAGAUAGAAGUUAAUUAAUGUAACAAAACCUUUAUAUAUUUUAAUAUCGAUUAGCAUAUUGAAUUUUAGAAGUAAAUAAAAACUA